AUGGUCCCCUCGAAUCUUCAGAGCUUCCUGAGGCGCACGACGCCCUCUGUUCCCUCUCGAUUUCUCUCCAAGGUGACUUGCUCCCUCCCUUUCUGCGAAUGCAUGAUCUUUCUAAUUGGGUGUGCAUUUUUGAAUCAUUGUUCUGGUUUGAUCGGAUGAUCGCCCUCGAAAAGAAACUCUGCCCGGUUUUUAUCGAAAGGGAACAUUUUGACGAACGAAACCUCUGAUCCGUUAAAUAAUCAAAAAUCCUGUUAUUUCUCUUACCAGCUUCCCCUCUUGUCGCAGAGCUCGAUCCAUUAUCGGACCCCCGAGUGGCAGUUCCAUGGUGGCAAGGAUCCCAUCGAAUACUUCACUCUAGGGGACCUCUGGGAUUGCUACGACGAGUGGAGUGCCUAUGGUGUCGGCACUCCCCUCCGCCUCGAAGAUCAUCACCAGCCUGUCGUCCAGUACUACACACCGUUCCUCUCUGGGAUUCAGCUGUACUCGGGAAAAGUCAGCGGCCCGAGGUCCCCGUUCUAUUCCCUCCGUCAAUCUUCUUCCCAAGUCCCCAGCUCUCCCGAUCUGUUUGAGGCGAAAUCACAGAUGGGUUUUCUCCCGAUUCAGGAACUCGAAGGAGGAUUCCGAGUUCGAGACCGAUUCCACGUGCAGCGAUGGCGGCGUGGUGAAGCUUUCGAGAUCGAGCAGCGAUUGCUCGAACAGGACCUGGGAUUCGGAGGACUCGGGGUCCGAUCAAGAGGUUGACUCGAAGAUCAGAGAGCGCCUGGGCAGGCUUUACUUCCAGUACUUCGAAACAUCUGGCCCUCAUCUUAGACCGCCGCUCAGAGACAUGGUAAAAAUUCUGCUUACCAUCUGUUCUAACCCGAUGAACUGGGAAUUACCCACCAUGAGACCCUUUUUUUUUUUUUUUGGCUGUAGAUCAAUAAAUUAUCAGAGACGUAUCCUGGAUUGCACUCUCUGAGGAGCAUCGAUCUUUCUCCUGCUAGCUGGAUGGCGAUCGCCUGGUACAGCAUCAUGGCCUGUAGAUGGGUCAUAUGUGAAUUUUUUUAGUGGUAGAUUGGAGAAAAUUCGCUAGAUUAUGUCAGAGCUGACCCCAUUAUUUCCGCAUUAGGUAUCCUAUAUAUCACAUCCCUGCGCAGAGAAAUCCAAAAGAGCUCUACUCUGCGUUCCUGACUUACCACACCUUGUCAUCAACAUUCCAAGGUACGUCUGCAUGUGGGGAGCUAAUAUCCACUUAUAGAACACAUUUUCUUCCCUAAAAAUGAUUUUUUUUUCCUCCGUAGACUUCUGCCCUGUUGCCCAUCUACUGGUCAUCUGGAUUACUCCGGUGUCCACAUCCUCACGUGAUAUUCGUGGCUUUGAGGUGGUGCAGAGGAGCUCUCCAUGGAGAAGGUAAAGCGAUCCGGCUGUGGCGAUGUUGACGGCGAGCUGGUCAGCAUCAAAGACGAGCCCCGGACUCUCUCUCUACCGCCAUUUGGCCUGGCUGCGUACAAGAUGCAAACCCAGAUCUGGAUAAACCCCCGGACGGAGGAUUUUCAGCAGUUAACUUCUCUUUGGAGCGCCGCAGCCUCCUGGCUGAGGCAGCUCGAGGCUCACCAUCCAGACUUCGAUUUCUUCAACAUCCGCACCAUGUGA